AUGCUGACCAUCGCCAAAGCCACUGCCAUAGGCACGGCGCUAGAGGUCCUCCUUUACGGAGUCUACCUCUGCACGUCGAUUCAGCAUGCGCAUCUCCUUGCCGAGAAGCGUUCCUCCACCUCCACUGCCACUUUCGUUUACUUGUCAUGGACAAGUAUAUGCCUGUUCAUGCUCACAACCACAGCUGUGUGCUCUGACAUGGCAUUCCUUGCAAGCAUGACGAGCGAGGAGUUGGGCCCGAGGAUCGACUUCUCUGGGUAUAACUUGAAGCACAUCAUCAACGUAGCAUGCACGUUGGUGGCAGUCGCAGUGUCCGACGCGUUUCUUGUCUAUCGCAGUUUCAUACUCUGGCGGCCGAACUAUUGGCUUCUGGUACUUCCCUUCGUGGUAUUUGUUGGGGAACUGGGUCUCUUGGGCUGGAGCUUGUACUGCGAGUUCAUGACGGACCACAGUUUGAGCGCUCUGGAAACAGAUGUGCCAAAGCUCACGCACCCUCAAGUUGGAUUUGGGGCAGCAUGUUUCGCGAUCAACCUCCUUUGCACAUUGCUCAUCUCCGUGCGCCUAUGGAGGAGCCACCGCGGCAUGUCCCACAAAUCCGUCCCAGAUCACUCGCGGCGCAUCUUGAAAGUCGGCGCCAUCAUCAUCGAGUCUGCGGCUGUCAACCUACUCUGGCUCGCGGGCAUGUUCUUCUCGUCCUUAUCGUCGUCCGCCGUAUACCCCCUCAUGGCAGACAUGUACGCACCGGUCACGGCCAUCAUCUUCUCACAGAUAGUCGUGCGCUCGACGACGACGAGAAGUGAUUCACGCGGUAGCGUGUCUGUGAACUUCAGCGCACUGCGACAUAUAUCGCAUGUCUCCAUGCCUGCCGGCGUGAACCCGACCCGAACGCGCGACGACGGCGGCUUCUACGACAGCCGCGACGCCUUCGACGCUCAGAGGAACGGCUCCACGGUCGAGUUCAGCUUAGAGAGCCCAACCGUCUUCUCCCCGAUAUCCCCUCACACUGGGAAGACACACUCGUUCGGGGGCUCAAUCGCAUGA